CUUUUUUCACACAACUCAAGUGUGAAACACAACAACCUCUCCCAAGUUCUAACCAAUACUUCUGUGAUGGCUAUUCGUUUGCCUAGUGUUUUGAGUGCUAAAUACAUUCUUCGCCGAUCAAAUCUGUUUGCAAAUCAUGCAGCUACAACGUCACUGGAUGUGCCUAAAGGGCACUUUGCUGUGUAUGUAGGAGAGGGUGAAAAGAGGAGAUAUGUGAUACCAGUGUCAUAUUUGAAUCAGCCUUCAUUUCAAGAACUGCUAAGUAUAGCGGAGGAAGAAUUUGGCUUCAGUCAUCCAAUGGGAGGCCUCAUAAUUCCCUGCACAGAAGAAAAUUUCCUUAACAUCACCUCUGGUUUAAUAGGCUAUGACAUGAUACAACCAAAGUAAAUCUGAAGAAAGUUUUUGUUUCAUGUUUUUUGCCUUUCAACAUGUGGUGUUGAGAAAAGUUUGCCCGUGCAGAAAGGUUUACUAUGCAAAGAACAUCAGUACAAAAUGAAUGGAUUAAAAACUUGACUAUAUUCCAUGUUGUUUAUAGUUCUUUUACCCCUUCUUUUAUUCCUUUUUGUGUGUUUCGCUGCUGUUAAUUAUAUCUGGAGUAGAAAUUAAGUAUCAAAGUAACUUCGAUAUCCUUAA